UUCGAGAAGACUUUCCCGACAAAGUCAAAAUAAAUUGAAAAUUCGUCGAACGGGGAAAAAAAAAAAAAAAAACCAACCUUGUAGGGUUCCUCCUUCGAGGAACAGCAAUGCUUUCUCGCGGUAAACAAAUUGGGAAUUAAACCUAAAAGACGUUGUUUCUUCUCUGCACCCAAAGAAACCCCAGGAAUUUUCGCUUGAUACUGUUCCGGCUUUCAGAUCUGGGAUUGGGGGUUCCAAUUUGAUUCAAUUGCUCAGCAUGUCAAAGGCAUCGGAAAUUCCGUCUCAAACAGCCAGUAAUGGCGACUCCGCCAAUUUCUCUCGCACAUUCAAGUACUUAUUAGUUUUUGUCAAGGGGGAUUCCCUUCAUAUUCAAUGCAUGGAUUGUGAGGCUCCUAACAGAAGCGGAAUAUGCGGUAACAAUUUGUUUAACUUAUUUAGAUCUAUGCAAUGCAAUUUCCCCUCUUAGUUACUUGCUUAUUGUUUCUUAGUCGGGAGGGUUUCCGCCGAGCAUGCUUGCGGGCAGAUAUUAAAUGUAAUGAUAGUUCAACGGGAGAAAAUGCUACAAAAUUACUGAAAGUAGCAUGGUUGACUGUUCCCCUUGGAGUAGUUAUCAUUGUUGCAGCAUGUUUUCUUGUAUUAUGGUGGCAAGGACUAAGUUAUUCGGAUCCAUACGGACAGGCUAUCUUGAUUAAUGGAUGGGCGUGCAUACUGGAGCUGUUGGCUGAACCCUUAUAUAUCCUUUCUCAAAACUUGCUUCUACUUAAAUUGCGUUUGAUGGUUGAAACUGCAGCUACACUUUCACGUUGUACGAUACUGUACAUUCUUAUUGCCAAGCAAAGUUACCUGGAUAAAGAGAUUGCCUUUGCAUUGUCUCAAACGGCGUAUGGAUUUUGCUUGUUUGUAGGCUAUUGGAGCUACUUUCUUUUCUCUCAUGCGUUUAGAAGUUCUGAUCUUUUUCCUUUCAGGCUAGGAAGCCUGAUGGACAUUGAUAGGCAGCUUUUAAAUUUUUGUGUGCUGUUUACCUUCCAAUCUUUCCGAAAGCUCCUUCUUCAAGAAGGAGAAAAGAUGGUUUUAGUAUGGUUGGAUACUCCUUAUAACCAAGCAGUGUAUGGCCUUGUUGAAAAAUUAGGGAGCUUAGUGGUGAGGAUGGUGUUUCUUCCAUUUGAGGAAAGCUCUUAUGCUACGUUUGCCAGGUCUGCAUCAGGACAGCAUGCAGACAAAAACAGGAAGUUAGAGAGAUGCCUAAUGGAGGCACUGAAGCUUGUUUUGAUUAUUGGUCUCAUAUUCAUGGCAUUUGGUCCAAGUUACUCUUAUUCUCUUGUGAGAUUGUUAUAUGGUCGAAAAUGGAGUGAUGGAGAAGCUUCAGCUGCCCUCCGGUAUUAUUGCCUCUAUAUCAUUGUUUUGGCUAUGAAUGGAACUUCUGAGGCAUUUCUACACGCUGUUGCAACUGAAAACCAAAUCAAGCGCUCCAAUGAUUCACUACUUGUGUUUUCAUUGAUUUAUUUGGUAAUGAAUGUCCUGCUGAUUCGGUCAGCUGGUGCAGUUGGCCUGAUCAUUGCAAAUGCUUUGAAUAUGGUUUUGAGGAUUAUUUACUCUGCUAUUUUUAUCAAGAACUAUUUCCAGGAAUCGUCAACAUUUUCCUUUGGUCGUUGCUUGCCUUUGGGUUGGACAAUUUUGUUGCUUUCAGGCGUGAUUACUCUUAUUUCUGAGAAAAUAUUUCUGGACCGGGAAAACUUUUGGGCGACAUUUUUUGUGCAUUUCUCCAUCGGGUUUAUUUGCUUCUGCAUGUCAUCAAUUGUCAUCUACCUCCGUGAGAAACCUUUCAUCAACAAAAUUAUCCAUUUUCGGGAUCAUGUGGAUUGAGAAGCGAACCUUCCCUAGCAAUUUCGAAGCCAAAAGCGCAAGGAUGAUGGAGAUUGCAUACUCAAUAACUCUACAAAACAUGGUAGAUUCAAUAACAAGGUAAGAUGUAGCAAUGUAAUCUAUAGCAUGCUAAUUUUUAACCUUCUAUGCUAACCCAGGGAGCUAUCCUUCCAUCCAUCUUAACCUCCUUCAGUCUCUUAAGAGCCCCUUUGCGGGAGGAAUUUUCUAUGCGAGUGAAUUGAGAAUUUUCCCCCAAAUAUGAACGACUUUUUAAAGAUGUGUUCAUGUCAAUGAUAGCUGACUCAGAAAAUGUAAGAGGUACUGAGUAGGAUACUUGGAAUUUACAGUUUUUCAUAUUUCCCUGGA